AUGCCUGGGAGGCGCGAGGAACAAGUUCACGCUGCGGCGGAGGGGAAUCCCGCCACAGAUGUGCCGCAGGGACAGUACAGGGCAAGGUCGGGGCCCGGCAGCGACACGCGGCAACCUGCGGCACAGCGCCGAAGGGUGGAGGAAGCACCGCCGGCCCUGAGGUGGACUCUUGCAAGCACGGUGGAGGAAGUACUGCUGGAGGGAAGCGUGCGCCCCGACAGAAUGAAGCUGAACGACUUCCUUCGCAGCCAAUUGGACGGCGUGGGCGUGGAGCCAAGGAACGAGAGCGUCUCUAUGGAGGAUUUUCUUGCGGGGCCCGGGACAUUCAUCACAAGUGAGGGAGUGUUGGACACAAUAAAGAAGACCGAGCUGUUCAAGAGCGUGGAAGAAGCACGCAAGCUUGCGGGCCAGGGCGUGAGCACUCUCCAGCACUGGAGGGGGUUUGCAAGGAGGGGCGCGGCUAGUCCUCAAGCAAGGGGGAAUCUGGACGCAGCGCUUGACGCGGCGGUGGAGGAGGAAGCGAGGCAGAGGCGGGAAGAGUUGGAGAAACUGCCUCGGGGAAAGAUGAUGUACCGGUCGGUGUACGAGGCGAAGUGGGGCUAC